AUGAACAUUGGCAACGUGGUGGUGGUUUCGGGUGCACCGAACCCUGUAUCCAACGUGCUGAAGAUCGACCUGGACCCAGAUGAAGCCCAGAAGUACAUCAACAACCCGCCCUUCGCAGACCCCCAGCUCGCCGGGCGCACGGCAAUUCUACCAUUGAUCAGGUACGAUGACCCUAGAUUUCGCUCAGCCGAAGCCGGUCCAACCCUUGGCCACUACUGGAAGAAUGGACAGGAAAUCACUGACCCAGAAAACUACCAGGAAGAGGUGUAUAACGCCGAGCAGUUCCACGGUCAGAGCGGCCGCGGUGACUACAGCUACGGAUACAAGACCCCCGAAUCAGCCAAAGUGGAGGACCGCGCCGGCUCCGGCAACGUCAAGGGCUCCUACGUGUACAGAGACGGGAACAACGAGCUUAUAAAGGUGCGCUACUGGGCGGACAGCCAGGGCUUCCACCAGGAGGACAACAUCCCCAAGGUGGAGCUGAAGCCCGCGGAGGAGACGCAGGAGGUGCGCGAGGCGCGGCUGGCGCACGAGCGCGCCUGGCAGGAGGCGCGAGCGGCCUCGCUGCUCGCCCCGCUCCCGCAAGACUACCAGCCCGCCGCUUCUGAGCUUCAAGGCGAGGUGGUGGCGGCCCCCGUACAGCCGGCGGCGCAGGUUCCGCGCGACGCCAAGGCGCUUAAUUACGGACAGCAGUUCUACACCACGACCACCGAAGAACCCGAGCCGACCGGUCCGCCACGUGGCUUCUUCUACAGCUUCACCUACCCAGUCUCCAUCAUAGUGCCCAAAGAAGGCGCGCAACUUAGUCAGAACUACAACCAAGACCCCAGCUACUUUGAAAAUCGACGUUCU